AUGGCCGAGACAGUGGAUCCUUCGACUAACGACGUUGCCCCUCAGACCGCGGCAGCCGCAGCGGCUUCCCCCGGAGAAGACGCUGCUGGGACGCAGGAUGACGACAACGCGAUUUCUAUCGCGGCAGAUGAAGCAGAAACUACCGAUGCAGCGAGUAUCCAGGAGCGAUUAUCCCGCUAUACAGCAUCCCUUUCAUCCAGUGUUGUCGAUUAUCCUAUGGAAUAUGGCCGGCGAUAUCAUGCGUACCGUCCAGGCUCAUACAUCCUGCCCAACGAUGAAAUCGAAAUUGAACGGCUGGAUAUGGCGCACGCCAUGAUGGUCAAGGCGAUUGGCAGUCGACUUUUCCUUGCCCCACUUGAGAAGGAAAAGAUUCAUCGGAUCCUUGACAUAGGCACAGGCACUGGCAUUUGGGCCGUGGAGAUGGGGGAUAUCUUCGAUAAUGCCGAAGUCAUCGGGACUGAUUUGAGCGCCAUUCAGUCCGAGUGGGUACCUCCUAACGUCAAGUUCAAAAUCGACGACGUCGAGAGCCCUUGGAUUCAAGAUGAGAAGUUCGAUUACAUUUUUUGCCGCUUCAUGGCUGCUUCCAUUGCCGAUUGGCCAAAGCUUAUUGAAAACAUCUACAACAAUCUGAACCCCGGAGGCUGGGCGGAGUUCCAUGAGAUGGACCCUGAGAUCUACUCUCAGGAUGGGACGUAUACGAAGAAUCACGCAACCUGGCCAUGGAAUCAAGCCUUCCUUCAAACUAUGAAUAGCAUCGGCCGCGACCCAUGCCCAGGACCUAAAGUGGAGAAUUGGGUGAGAAAUCAGGGAUUUGAAAAUGUUUUCCAUGAAGUGUAUAAGAAUCCUCUUGGUCCCUGGCCUAAAGACCCAUACUACAAGGACCUCGGAACUCUCAACCUAGCACAGAUGUUAGAAGGCCUCGAGGGGUUCACUCUAAGGGUAUUUUGCGGCGUUCUUGGGCGAACAAGGGAGGAAGUUCUCGUUGAAGUCGCCAAAGUACGCAAGGAGAUGCAAACCCGCGCCUAUCAUGGGUUGUACGACAUUCACGUUGUUUAUGGACAAAAGCCGCUUCACUCCGAGACAGCCCAAUCAUCGCAAUGA